UCACUCCCAAGUGUUCAUUCACUAGUAAUAAGACGCACGUUGAACAGACAUCCACGGAGCGCAGCGCAACACUGAUGCGCCAAGUUAAGUACCAAAACAAGACAGUGGUGUUGCGUCGUCCUGCACACACACGCCGACGUAACCAGUGUGGAGUACUGUCCUGUACUACUGUGGAAGCGAAGAGGAGAACAGCGCGAACAGAGAGGGAGAGGGGACAGAAUAUGGAUAUUGGUCUUUCGUUAAACCUUUACCUCUUUUGGAUAACCUGGGAAUUCUAAAACAUCUUUUGGCAGGUUGGAGCAUCCAACAAAGAUUCUAAUUACGGAAAAACAACGGAGUGGAACGAGAAGAAGGAUUUAUAUUUGGUUCUUUCUUUCUGCUUUUUUAUUUGGUCCCCCCCCCCCCCCCCCAACACUUUGGAAUAGUGGGCUUUGGAAUAUAGGGGAUAUAUUGGCGGGUGACGCGUCUGCCCUGGAUCAGCGAGAAGGAUGGCAGCUUGGUUCACUUUUACCAUCGCAUUCAGCACCACUGUACUGACACAGGUAUUUGGAUCCGGUGUUUUUGAGAUCGAUCUACAUGAAUUUAAAAACAGCAAAGGAUUGCUGGAGAAUGGCAACUCGUGCAGGCUCAACUGCAGGACUUUCUUUCGUGUUUGUCUUAAGAACUACCAGGCGGUCGUGUCGCCAGGUGACUGUAUCUUUGGAAAUGCCUUGACGCCGGUGCUAGGGACCAACUCCUUUAGCGCCAUGGACGGGGGCGCUUUCAGUAGACCCAUCCGAAUCCCGUUCAACUUCGGAUGGCCGGGAUCGUUUUCUUUGAUAAUUGAAGCCUGGUAUUCACCUUCAACAGAUCUACCUGUUGACACCAGCAACCCAGAGAUGUUGAUUAGUUUCUUUUCCAUCCAGAGACAGCUGGGCGUAGGGACCGCCUGGUCUCUGGAUGUUCAGAGCGGCCGACAGACGGAGUUAAGGUAUUCUUACCGCUUCAUCUGCAAUGACAAUUACUACGGAGAAAGUUGUUCCAAAAUAUGCACGCCGAGGGACGACCGUUUUGGCCACUACACCUGCGACCUCGACGACGGGCAGUUGUCCUGUCUGCCCGGCUGGAAGGGGGAAUACUGCGAAGAACCCAUCUGCCUCGUGGGAUGCAGUGAAGGAAACGGAAACUGCUCCAGACCUGGCGAGUGUGUGUGCAGAGAAGGUUGGCAGGGUCUGUUCUGUGAUGAGUGUAAGAAGUACCCAGCGUGUAAACAUGGCACCUGCCAACAGCCUUGGCAGUGUAACUGUAAGGAGGGCUGGGGAGGGCUCUUCUGUGACCAAGAUCUGAACUUCUGCACGCACCACCGGCCGUGUGUGAACGGGGCGACCUGUAUGAACACGGGUCAAGGCAGCUAUACCUGUACCUGUCCCCCUGGGUUCACUGGGGUCAACUGUGAGCUGGAGCUGCAGGAGUGUGACAGCGACCCCUGCAGGAACGGAGGACUCUGCACGAACCUGGAUGUUGGCUACAGGUGUUCGUGUCCGCAGGGCUUCGAGGGUUCUCAUUGUGAACACAGCCUGUUGACGUGUGCCGACUCCCCCUGCUUCCACAGCGGACAGUGCCAUCAGAAGGACAAUGGUCGCAGCUACAUCUGCGAGUGUCCUCCCGGAUACACAGGACUCAACUGUGAGAAGAGAGUGGACAAGUGCACAUCUCUUCCCUGCGCCAACGGCGGUCUGUGUUUGAUCCACGGUGGCGUGCGUCUGUGUAGCUGUCGCUCCGGUUUCACCGGCCAGCGCUGUGAGAUCAACAUCAACGAGUGUGCCGGGAACCCCUGCACCAACGGAGGGACCUGCCUGGACCGUAUCAACGACUACACCUGUCACUGCCCCCAGGGGUACGUCGGACGAAACUGCGACCGCGGCCUGUACGAGUGCUCCAUCAACCCCUGUCUUAACGGAGGGCUCUGCACCGGGGGAGGGGGGCCGGGGAAACCCCCUGCCACCUGUAUCUGUCCAGCCGGCUUUACCGGGUCACGCUGCCAGUUCUUUGCUGUGACCCUGCCGGUGGGUGGGGAGAGGAUCAAUGGAGAGAGCCAAGAUGGCUUCCAGUGGGCGGCAGUUUCCUUGGCUGUAGGGCUGGUUGCAUUACUGGUGCUGCUAUGCAUGGUUGGGCUGGCUCUACGGCACAUCCACAGGCGGACCGGCAGGGACAGGGGAGAUGGGGAGACCAUGAACAACCUAUCAGAUGUACAGAGGGAUAACCUAAUCCCCCCCUCCCAGCUGAAGAACACCAAUCAGAAGGUUGGACUGGAAGUGGACUGCGAAUCAGAGAAGUCAAACUUCAUCCAUAAGAACUAUCAAUUGGACUCGUAUAGUAACGCAAAGUCGAAGGAGUUGAAGGAUGAUACGUCGCAAGAGGAUAGAAGCAAAAGUCAUGUGAUCUAUGACACGUGUUUAGAAGAGAAAAUACCUCUGAGUAGAAUGUACAGUGAAAAGUCGGAGUGUAGGAUAUCAACGAUAUGUUCCCCUCGAGACGCUCAGAUCUACCAGUCCGUCUUUGUUAUAGGAGAGGAGAGGAGGGCGUGCGUCAUAGCAACAGAGGUAUAAAGCUGCGAGGGGGCGAUAGAGGAGAAACACAAUCGAAGCAGAAUUUUUUUUCUUCUUUUUUCUGGAUUGUUUACAAAAAAAUCUGAGAAAAGACUGGAGACUGUUUCUGAUGUCACUGCCGAUGUCAUGCCGAUGUCACUGCCGAUGUCACUGCCGAUGUCACUGCCGAUGUCACUGCCGAUAUCACUGCUGCUCUGGAACACUUGAGAGAUGGCGAGAGAGAGACGAUGAGACAGAGACAGAGAUGGACGAACCCUCUCCUCUUCUCUGUAAACAAACUAAUGAACACUAUUGACCAAGUGUUUGUAUACAAAACAGUAGCGGUCAUGAACCUAUUGACUUCUGGGAACGCUUAAACAAAUGGUUAAAAGACUGACUGAACUGCACAGAGUGUGGAGGGAACUGGUUGAAUGUCAGCAAGCAAAACAACAAACUUGAACUGAACUCAUCUGUCCUUGGCAGCAAUGGAGGAGAGACUAGGAGAAACAGGACAAAUGGCCGGAGCUCGAAGUUGACCCCUGACCUCUCAGUUGACCCCUGCCCGAACUAAUCAUGGGGACUUCGACAGCCAACUAAUCAAAAUGGAGGUGCCUGAGAUUAGACUGAUCUUUAACCCCUAGCCGGCAUCAUUCACCAGCUAUGCAGGACCCAAGGUCCAGGGUGGAGCCAACUCGCUGAAACUGACCAACCAACCGCAAACAACCGACUGACUAGUUGAAUGUCUGACUGAACAAACAAACUAACGUCUCAACUGUCCGUCACUCCGAACAAAACGCCUGGUCGGACUUUUCCAGACUUUUUCAUUCCAUGCAAAUGGGUGAAAAGAUGCGGCCCAGAAUGACUAGAAGCCUAAACAAGAGUUUCAAUGCUAAAACUAAACACUUGUCUCUUCACGGAGCACUUGAACACCAAAAAUAAAAACACAGGUGGGGAAAAAUAUGUUUUUCCAUCAACAGGAAUUUUGAGGAUACAUCCCAAAUGGAGCCCUAUUCCCUAUAUAGUGCACUACUAUAGACCAGAGCCCUAUUCCCUAUAUAGUGGUACUACUAUAGACCAGAGCCCUAUUCCCUAUAUAGUGGUACUACUAUAGACCAGAGCCCUAUUCCCUAUAUAGUGGUACUACUAUAGACCAGAGCCCUAUUCCCUAUAUAGUGUACUACUAUAGACCAGAGCCCUAUUCCCUAUAUAGUGCACUACUAUAGACCAGAGCCCUAUUCCCUAUAUAGUGGUACUACUAUAGACCAGAGCCCUAUUCCCUAUAUAGUGCACUACUAUAGACCAGAGCCCUAUUCCCUAUAUAGUGCACUACUAUAGACCAGAGCCCUAUUCCCUAUAUAGUGCACUACUAUAGACCAGAGCCCUAUUCCCUAUAUAGUGGUACUACUAUAGACCAGAGCCCUAUUCCCUACAUAGUACACUACUAUAGACCAGAGCCCUAUUCCCUAUAUAGUGCACUACUAUAGACCAGAGCCCUAUUCCCUAUAUAGUGCACUACUAUAGACCAGAGCCCUAUUCCCUAUAUAGUGGUACUACUAUAGACCAGAGCCCUAUUCCCUAUAUAGUGGUACUACUAUAGACCAGAGCCCUAUUCCCUAUAUAGUGGUACUAGUAUAGACCAGAGCCCUAUUCCCUAUAUAGUGUACUACUAUAGACCAGAGCCAUAUUCCCUAUAUAGUGGUACUACUAUAGACCAGAGCCCUAUUCCCUAUAUAGUGGUACUACUAUAGACCAGAACCCUUUGGACUCCCAAGUGGCGCAGCGGUCUAAGUGCUAGAGUCGUCACUACAGACCCUGGUUCGAUUCCAGGCUGUAUCACUAACCGACCCAGCGUCGUCCGAGUUAAGGUUUGGCCGGGCGUAGGCCGUCAUUGUAAAAUAAGAAUUUGUCCUUCACUGAUUUGCCUAGAUAAAUUAAAACAAUAAUACAAAAAAGUAGUGCACUAUUUAGGGAAUAGGAGGUAAUUUGGGAGGUAACCAAACAGCCCUGACAUGAAGGCAUAUAGAAAGACCCUGUCAUACCACUGCCUGCCUAUAAUUUAUAUGUUUUAUAAUAUUAUUUUGUAUAUAAUGGAUAUUUAUAAGGACAAAACUUCUGAAGAAUAAAAAUGUUUUUUUCCUUCA